GCGGAGGAGGCGGUAGUCGUUGUCUGGGAGGGAGGAGGUGGCGGCGGCCGAGAGGGAACUGAAGGGAGUAGGCUGAACGAAACAGGCCCGGGUGUGGCUUGGCCGAGCGAAGAGGCCCCCGUGGACUUGACGCGAGAUUCAUCCCUCAUUGUCGGAGAAAGCGGAACAACCUGUGGUGGAAAGCCCAAGCGAAGGGGUGUGGGGCAGGAGAGGAAGACAAGGGGAUUCUCGCCUCAGAAGCCGUGUGGUGAACCUCAAAACGGGGAGGAAGGAGCCCUAAAAGGCUGUAGCUUUUCCUCAUAGGAGAGUUGCUCCAUCCCCUUGAUCAUUUUGGUUGCCCUUUUCUGAACCUUUCCCAGCUCUACAAUAUACAUUUUGAGGUGAGGCAAAAGAGGAAAUACCAUUGUGUGUGAAUAGUCAAACAUCAGAAAAUAAGUGUUAAUCAUGGCUGAGUUGUCGCAGGAAGAAAUUCAGUUGAGAGCUCAUCAAGUUACAGAUGAGUCUUUGGAAAGCACAAGGAGAAUUCUUGGCUUGGCCAUUGAGUCCCAAGAUACAGGAAUCAAAACCAUCACCAUGCUAGAUGAACAAGGGGAACAGUUAAACCGUAUAGAAGAAGGCAUGGACCAGAUAAACAAAGACAUGAGAGAAGCUGAGAAGAACCUGACUGAGCUUAACAAAUGUUGUGGUCUCUGUGUCUGUCCUUGCAAUAGAACAAAGAAUUUUGAGUCUAGUAAAACAUACAAGACAACUUGGAGUGAUGGUAUAGAGAAUUCAACUGAUCAUGUAGUGUCUAAACAACCAGGGCGUGUAGUAAACUAUCAGCAACAGACCUCAGGAGGAACAACUGGAGGCUACAUAGGACGGAUAACAAAUGAUGCCAGAGAAGAUGAGAUGGAGGAAAACCUAAGUCAAGUUGGAAACAUCUUGGGGAAUCUGAAAAACAUGGCCUUAGAUAUGGGUAGUGAGAUUGAUUCACAAAAUAAGCAGAUAGACCGGAUAAACGAGAAGGCUGAAACCAACAAAGACCGUAUUGAGCAAGCCAAUGUAAAAGCCAAAAAACUCAUUGACAACUAAUAGUUUGCGGUCACUUCUUUAUCCAACUGAAAACAUCAAUUUCAGUCUACGAACCUCAAUUUCCAAAGAAUAUAGCAGGAUUCACAAGAGGGAACAAAGCAGGACACGCAUCUUAGCGCUUCUUUUUUUGCAUGUAUACAGACUUGGUUUGAGAAUCCAGCAAAGCAGCACAACAGAGACUUGCUGGCCCCUUUUCAUGUAUCCUCAGGGUUUCCUUUUCUGGCAUCAAAUCUUUCCAUGGUACCUUCUCCUCCUUUUGCAGCAGGACGGUAGAGUGUGAGACAACUGAACAAAGACAGAAGAGGAUACAUUCAGUGAUUUUAAUUACCUCACUUAGUAUUUCAUAUCACUGAAAUGGUGGAUGAGUAAUUUUCAUGAACUCUGUAUUUAAUUAAGCUGGCCAUGUUCUACAAAACACUUACAUUUCAUUAUCCAACUAUACACGACGGGGAGGGGUGGUGGACAUUUUAUAUUCUUACAAUUGGAAUAUGCGGUUCAGUGACUGCUGUUUUUUAGUGUGGGGCUUUAGAAUACAUUGUUGACAUGUACUUCUCUUAUUUUUUAAGGAAACUUGUAUAGUUGUACAUCGGAUUCUCACAAAAUCUUUAGUAGCUUGUGCCCCAUAUGCUUCCUGAAUGAUUGGGUGUUUGCCACCAAACCUAACCUUCUUUGCUGUUUCCAGAGAUAUUUUAGAGAUCACCUGUGGGCUUUGGGAGAGGUGAGAGGGCUUACACAGCACUUGUGCUUAAUGAUCAAUUUGGGAUUGCAAGCAGAGGACUUCCAAGGGAAGAGCCCUUUUACAGAUUAAUACUGCUUAAAAGAAAUUUGAUAUGAGCAUUUUUCAAAGAGUCCCAUCAAACAGCAAAAUUUGCUAAAUUUAUAUGGAGUUUAAGGUUGAAUGAAAACUAUUUUGUAAUUUAUUAUCCCCUUUAUCUAAUUGAAUAUCAGAAACCUACAUCUGGAAAACAACAUCUUAUAUUUAUUUGAAGUAAAGCACUUGUAGGAUUCUAGAAAUACAUCAGAAGCAAGGCACAAUCUAGGUUCCAGUGAGAACUAUAGCUAUGUUUUUUAUAGUGAGUUCACAACUGCUGUGGCAUAAGACUCGGUUCUUGAAAUUGUUUAUGGCAAUCAGUUGAUUACUGCAUGUGCUCACUUGACUUUCUUCAGACAGCUGUCAUAUUAGAAAAUACAGUUGUCUCGUAUUUUUGUUGGAACCAAAUGUAUGUUCAGGCUUCAAACCAGUACUGAAAUUUGUGAAAGAGUAAAGGCAGUAUUGAAACAUAGCUUUGCUACUUCUAUCUUCUUUACAUGAGACUAAACUUGUAAUAUUGGGGCUUGGCUGCAGGUUAGGCCUGUUCUGCAAAUUGUGAUCCCCUAAGCUUCCCAUUUCCCAUGUAAUUGUGCUUUGCUCGGUGCUUGUGACUCUUUAGAAGGUAACAAAGCUAGGAGUUCACAAGGAACUGCCAUACAUGGCGGCUAGGAGGCAUUUAGUUAAUGGGUUACAAGUUGUGUAGGCCUGCUAUAGUGAGUACUUAGUGUCUAACCUACUUCAGUUCUUUCUGUUUCAGGAUUAAGGAGCUUGAUUAGGCUUUCCUAUAGGACGGGUUCAAUGAAAAAUGCUAAACUUCCAAGCUUUCUCAAGAAUGCUUUAGUUCAUUAAUCUACUAAAGAAUUCACCAAACAGUAUGGAAAUGGUUAUGUUUUCUAAGAAAAAGACUUCGUGCCAAUGUAUUACGUUUAAACUGAUUUUUUAUCAUAUGUAAAAAUUAUAAAUUGAUCAUAAUGUGAGAGUGGAGAGUAGUUCCAACCAUUCCAUGAUUGAUAGAAACAGAUAUUAGUUCAUGUAUAUUUAGUUCUCAAAUUUUAUUGUGCAGUUUCUUUUUUAAAACUAGCAGUGCCCUGUGGUGGUGGUUGCUACAGUAGCUGUUAAGGCCUCCCAGGGAGGAGCUGAAAACAAAUUGGCUGUCACUUUCCUUAGAUAACAAGAGGAUACCUCAUUUUCUCUACUUCUCUCCAUAUCAAUCAAAACUGAGCCAUAAUUUUAAUUGUAAUAAGACAAGCUCAGUCUUGCAUUCUGGUCAGUCAGAGCAAGGAGUCGGGUCUAGCUGGGUAGGAUAGAAACUGCACAUCACUGUCAGCUUUACUGUAUUAGUAAAAAUGAAACAUAUAGUUGUCAAAGCUGGAAAUGGCAGAGCACACAUUAAACUUUACUAGUCUGUGGAAACAGUGAACCCAAGUUCUAUAACAUCUAUUGCUCUUAAUUUACUAUUUGAGAUUUAUCAAGUUAUCAUCAGAUGUAUUUAAAGUAAAACAUGUUGCUAAUGCACAUUUCUUCAUCAGCUUCUGUGGAAACUAUGUACAACUUGUAUCAUAAUGAGACAAAGCACGGCUGUGGAUAAUGUAAUUAUAGUUUUCCUGUUGUAAUUGAAGAUUUGAAUUCUUAAAGCUGUUAACAGCUUAGUUUCCCAGAGCAAUCUGUACUAGGCUGUCUGUUUUCUAGAUUACCAAUUUCAAGUUGUAAUUAAGUGAAUGCCUCAGGUUUUCUUCACUGUACUUGCUGGACUGAAUAAAUUAACUUAUGGGUGUC